UAAAAAGCAUUAAGACCCGGCUCGGGAGGCGAAUAAUUAUAUUAUGUAUCAAACGAAAACAUUAUUUCAUUAAUAAUUCUGAUUAUUUCCUUAAAAAAUAGAUUUCUAAUACACCUUUGGUGCAGAAAAACCAUUGGGAACCCAUAUUUUAUAAAGUGAAGUAAAGAGCUAGUAAAAUGUCUGAAUCCGAAUCAGCAGAUGUAGAAACAGUGGAAGGGACUAAACAAGAAAGUAGUCCGAGAAAACGAGUUAGACAUCGCAAGAAGCAGCUCUAUGAGAAUAUUUUGAAACAAAUGGAGUUUUAUUUCAGUGACGCAAACCUUAAUAAGGAUAGGUUCUUGGGCGAACUAAUUAAGAAAGAACCGUUUGUUCCAUUAGAAAUAUUUUUAAAAUUCAAUAAAAUUCGGUCUAUGACCCAAGAUAUUAAUGAUAUUGUGAAAGCUAUGAAGAAUUCUACAAUUUUGGAGCUUUCAGAAGAUAAAACUAAGGUAAAGAGGCAAACUCCUAUACUCCCGUACGAUGCAGAUCAAAGGACAGUAUAUGUGGAGUCUAUACCUGUGACAGCGAGCAGGGAGUGGCUGGAGAGGGUGUUCUCGGAUUAUGGUCGAGUAGCUUAUAUUUCAUUGCCCAAGUUUAAGAAUUCACAAAGAAUUAAGGGUUAUGGAUUCAUAGAAUUUAGUAAACCUGAGGAAGCACAGAAAUGUAUCAGCACUUUCACCAAAAUGGGAUGCAAACUUCCGACAUGUAUGCCUCCGGAAGAUCUUUCCUCUAUAAAAAUGUUCAGUGUGGAACCACCUUUAGAUGACACACCGGAAGAGAGAGAAGAUUUUGAGCCACCAAAGAAGAAGAUGAAGAAGAAUAAAGACAAGAAAGCACAUAAAAAUCUGGAAUUGAAACUGGAGCUUGAGUCUGAUCGUGAAAAAACAUUGGAUACACCAACGAAAGAAGAUGCCAGUGUAUCUACGCCAACAGAAGAAAAGCAUGUAGACUCCUCCAAAGAAGAAUUAACAAGUCAAGACGAGGGUAAAGAUGACCAAACUUCGCGCAAAAAGAAGUCAAGAAAACGUACGGCCAAAGAGCGGAGUCGGGCCAAAAGGAAUUCCCAUAAAAAUGAAGCCCCUAAAGGCGCGUUAUGGGGCCUACAAGUACUGCCCAAAUCCGAGUGGAAGGUCCUUAGGAAUAAAUACCUGAAUUUGCAGAAGAAAUAUAUGAAGGAAAUGAAAGCGAACAUUAAAAAUAAUAGACAUUUGUAUUGUAGUAUUCCUGCGCCGGCGGCGCCUUCUGUUGAAGUGGAACCAGCUCUAGAUUGUGGCGAAGAAGCGAAGCCCGCUGAAAUGGAGCGUCUGUCCGGGGUGUUUGUUAAGGAGGAACUACAGGAGCCCUGCUUUGACGUCAGACUCACAAAGAGAACGAUCCGAAGCAAUAUCCACGUUUUGCACGUUGACGUGAAAGAAGGUCAAACUGAAGUCAUUAUAAGAUUUGAUUCUCCAAAAGCCGCUGAGGAGUAUGCGCAGCAGCCGGGCAGCCGCGCGGCGGUGCUGCGCGGGGCGGCGGAGGGCGAGCAGUGGGCCCGCGCCGAGGCCGCGCGCUCGCGGUCCCGCGCGCGCGGGCCGCGCCUGCCGCAGCGCGGGCCCGGCGGCGGCGCGCGGCCCGCGCUCGCGCCCGCCUCGCCGCAGCCCACUCACACGCACAUACGCUUCGAUGAAUAGUGCAGUGAAUGUGUGAACCAGUGUCGUGGCGCCGAUGUCCGCUUUGAUCUAUAGGAUACUAAUGUUAUCCAUAUAUAUGACUGACUGACAGGCAGCGCGCAGCCCAAAUCGUUGGGUCUAGAUUUCAAAUUUGGCACGUUGGUUCAGAUUUUCCGAAAUGCGCACGGGAACGGGACGAGUCUUUUUUUAUGAAUAGUGCAGUGAAUGUAUGAAUCAGUGUAAUCAUGUAACGCUUCGGUGUAUAUGAUACUAGUGUUAUUGUUUAUAUGCUUGAUUAAUUGAGCUAUUAUUAAGUGACUAGCGACUGUAUGAACCACUGUCAAUAUAGGCUUUGAUGAUAAUAACAAUAAAUGCCAACGUGAAUCAGUGUCAAAUCACUAAUAUAUGCUUUCAUAAACAUGGUGUUUAUAGUUAGUAUAUUGUACGAAGUGAUUAUAUGCAAUGUGUGUGAUAAGAGUAUAUAGUGAAAGAAGUGAAGAAAAUUUUGUACAAAAACAAGAAACUUAUAAGCGUCUUUUUUUUGUAAAUUGCGUUGUUGAACAAAGAAAAUUACAAUGUAAUUGUUGAAAGAUAAUUUACGUUGUUCCUGUCAAGAGGAACACUCUUUUUCAGUUGUAAUAAAAAAUUCUAAAUUUC